CAGGCGGUCUCGGACGACGGCUCGGCCAAGGCCGAGGUCCUGUCUCAACCUACGAGUCCGAGGCUUGAAAGUUCGCAGCAGCGCCAAGGCUGGAGGGCGGGCCGUUCUCAGCACGUUGUGUUCGCGAAGGUCGACCGGGAAAAGCACCAGACGCUCAUCCGGGAAGCAUUGGCUUGUCUGCAGGGCAAGGAGUAUGUGGAGGCUGGCAGGUUAGUCCAGCAUCUAAAGGAUACGUUGGGGGAUGAGCUGCUCAACGCGGUCAAGAAACCCUUGGGUGGCAAGGGCUGGGUGAAGCUCGCUUUGGAGGUGGAGCCGAGGAUCGAGCAGGUCGACGUGCCGGGCAAGGGCGAGCCGUGCUUCCGGCUCGCCCGUGGGCGUGUCCCCCACCGCUCCAGCCUGUAGCCGGGCGGCCUGUCCCCGCGGCCGCGCGCCUCCGCGGUCGCUGCCUUCUCCUUCACGCUUCCCCACCUCGCCCGCCUCCGAUCUUUGCCCCCCCCCCCACCCCACCCCCACCCCCUCCCCCCGGCGCGCCCGCGCGCGCGCCUCCGCGCAUGCGGCGACGCGCGAGAUUAUCUUGUCUUGCCGCGAGAAUCGCCCGCGACCUGGGCGUAGUGCAGCCUCCUCCUCCUCCUCCUCCUCCUCC